AUGUGUGACGUGGUGAGUGAGAUCGAGCUGGAGAGAGAGCACUGUGACAACAAAACCUCUGGGAACGUCACGGCAGGUUGUCAAGGGAUGUGGGAUAUCAUCGCUUGUUGGCCGUCUGCCAGGGUGGGAGAGGUCAUCACCAUCAAGUGUCCGAAGUACUUCAGUUACUUCUCUGACCAUAUAGUCAAACAUAAAGGUAACCUGUCCAAGACAUGUACCUCAGAGGGUUGGACUGAAAUGCACCCACUGGACAUCGCCCUGAACUGUGGUUAUAACGCCAACAACACUGGAGAUGACGGGAACUUCUUCUGGCAGGUGAAAAUAGGUUACACUGUUGGACACAGCAUCUCCCUGAUCUCCCUCAUCACAUCGAUAGUCAUACUGAGUAUCUUCAGGAAACUCCACUGCACUAGGAACUACAUCCACAUGCACCUGUUUGUGUCAUUCAUCUUGAAGGCCAUCGCUGUGUUUACGAAGGAUGUGGUUCUGUACCAGGUCGGAGAGGUUGACAACUGCUCCCCAGGAUCCGUUGGCUGCAAGGCGGUGAUGGUCUUCUUCCAGUACUGUAUAAUGGCCAGCUUCUUCUGGCUGCUGGUGGAAGGCCUGUAUCUCCGCGCCCUAUUGGCCGUUUCCUUCUUCUCUGAGAGAAAGUGCUUCUGGUACUACAUUCUGAUUGGCUGGGGAGGGCCAACCAUCUUCAUCACAGCUUGGGGUGUGGCGAAGGCCUACUAUAAUGACGUGGGGUGCUGGGACAUAAUUGAGAAGACUGAGAUGUUCUGGUGGAUCAUUAAGACACCAAUCCUGGCCUCCAUCCUGAUGAACUUCAUCCUCUUCAUCUGCAUCAUCAGGAUCCUCCGACAGAAGAUCAACUGUCCAGACAUUGGAAGGAACGAGUCCAACCAGUACUUGAGGCUGGCCAAGUCCACCCUGCUGCUGAUCCCUCUUUUUGGGAUCAACUUCAUCGUGUUUGCCUUCAUCCCAGAGCAGGUGAACACAGAGCAACGGCUGGUCUUCGACCUCAUACUGGGAUCAUUCCAGGGAUUUGCGGUUGCCGUUCUCUACUGCUUCUUAAACGGAGAGGUGCAGUCUGAGAUGAAGAGGAAGUGGAGGUGGUGGAACCUGCAGCACCACAUGGGUUCUGACACCACUAAGCACCAGCACCCCUCUAUGGGGAACAGUACCGGCACCACUCAGAUCUCAAUGUUGAGCUGCAGCCCAACGACACGCCGCGCAUCCUCCUCCUGCCCCCCUCCUCUCCCCUCUCCCUCCUCUCUCCCCCUCUGCCAGGACGACUCCUCAAUGAUCUAACACACAGAGAAAGAGAGAGAGAGAGAGACACACACACAUACACACACUCAUGCCGCCAAACAUACCGUCGUAAAACUGACUAUCCUACCGAUCCUUGACUUCGGCGAUGUAAUUUACAAAAUAGCCUCCAACACUCUACUCAGCAAACUGGAUGUAGUCUAUCACAGUGCCAUCCGUUUUGUCAACAAUGCCCCAUAUACUACCCACCACUGUGACCUGUAUGCUCUUGUUGGCUGGCCCUCGCUACACUCUCGUCGCCAAACCCACUGGCUCCAGGUCAUCUAUAAGUCUUUGCUAGGUAAAGCUCUGCCUUAUCUCAGCUCAAUGGUCACCAUAGCAGCACCCACCCGUAGCACACGCUCCAGCAGGUAUAUCUCACUGGUCACCCCCAAAGCUAGCACUUUCUUUG